CACAUGACACCCAGAGUUUCCUGCUAAAGCAGAGCAUACAAGGUUCUUUCCAGAAUGGAUCAAUGCAGAUAUACAAACAUAGUGCUAUUGAGAUUUUACACUUACACAGAGACUGGGACAAUGAUGGGGAGAGUGACGGGCAUCAAAGAUUUCAGAGAAGACAAAUCCAAACCAAGUGAACUGCCUUUCAUGAGAAUCUCACUGCCCCAAAUGGUGAAGGAUAUAAACAGCUGUGGAAAUCGUCCCUUUUUAAGUCUGCAGAGCAGUGUGUUUCUGUCAGCACAAGCUCCAAUCAGAAAUUCCAUCUUAGCGAUUUGUGGACAGACCAUUUGGCACAUCUGGAAAGUAACCUAGUCCAUGCUGAGAAUAAGGACUUGAGCCAUUUGGAAGAUAGGACUGGCCUGACCUUAAAUCAGAGAUUUAGAAAUGAAAAACAAAGUGCUCAGUGGGAUCCAUUUGGGAGGGGCUUCACCGAGGAGUCGACCCUCCAGAAUGACCAGAGGCUUCUCACUGGAGACAGAAUUGCUCAGUGCACUGGAUCUGAGAAAACAUUGAAUCAGGGCUCCCAUGCUCACAGAUGUGUCAGGACUAGCUUUGCAGAGAACCAUUAUGAAUGUGAUAAAUGUGGGGAAAGCUUUCAUCCAAGCUCUAACCUCAAUAUACUCCCUUCAGGAGACAGUCCUCACAAGGAUAAUGAAUGUGGGAAAGCUCGUAACCAGUCCUCCAGUGUUGCUGAUCAUCAGAGAAUUCAUGAGGGAAAAAGCCCAUUCACAUCUAAUAAACCAGGAACCAUGUUUAGUCAGUCAUCAAGACCAAAUAGAGACAAGACAAUUCCUAGGGGCGAGAAAACUUGUAUUUUUAAGGAAUGUUGUAAAUCCUUUGACUGCCACUCGACAUUAUCUCAUUUCCCGCCAAUGCAUACUGGAGAGAAAAUAUGCAAAAUAUGUAAAUGCAAGGAAUGUGGUAAACCUUUUAAGGACCCUUCAUCAGUAAAGGGACAUAAGCCAAUCCAUACUGGAGUGAAACAGUAUAAAUGGGCAAAAGGUGUGAAAGCGUCUACAUUGCCCUCCACCCUUCCUGGAAGUCACCAGACUCAUACUGGAGAGAAACCUUACCAAUGUCAUGAAUGUGGCAAGACCUUUAACCAGAGCUCAGGGCUUCUUCAACAUCAUCGAGUUCAUACUGGAGAGAAACCUUACAAAUGUAACAACUGUGGCAAGGCCUUUAUGUGGGUCACAUCCCUUACUAAACAUCACCGUAUUCACACUGGAGAGAAGCCUUACCAAUGUAACAAAUGUGGCAAGGCCUUUCAUGACAGCUCAAGACUUACUGCAGAUCACCGAAUUCACACUGGAGAGAAACCUUACGAAUGUGAAGAAUGUGGCAAGACCUUUAUGUGGCCCUCAAACCUUACUCGACAUCGCCAAAUUCAUAAGUGGAGAGUAAUCUACUGACAUAAUGUAUGUGUGAAAACAUCUAUGGCCUUUUCUUCAUUUACUUCAUGUCAGAGACUUUAUAUAGGAGAGUAACUGUACACAUAGACAGAAUGUGUCCGACCUCUCACUCGAACUCCCAACUUACUUCAAGUCAUAGUUACAUGUAGCAGAAGAACUGUAAAAUGUAAAGAAAGUGGACAAGACAUGCCUUUUCUGGAAUUCAGUAUUUACUCAAUAUCACAAAAUGCUUUCUAGAUUCAAACCCUUGGAACUAAUGAAUGUGGAAAGACCUUCAUUUUAAUACACACUGGAGCAAACACCAGAGAGUACAUUAAAUAAAGUAAAUUUAAAGACACAAAUAUUUAGAAGACUUUCUAAUUGAACUCAAAUGCCAAUAACUAUAACGAAUGAAGGAACUCGAUUCAGACAUUACUCUGAAAAUAGUUAUUACAAGGAAAAAAUAAAAAAUUAAGAAAAUGUAUAUACUAUCCUGUUUCAACAGAUUUCGUAGAGAGGCUUUUACGUGUGUUUAAUUUCAAUAUAUUUUUAAACAUUUUUUACAUUGACCUUAUUUGAGAUUUGUGACAAACAAUUUUAUUUUACUCUGAAAUCUCUAACGAGAAUCCCUUUAUCCCUACGGAGUCUGGAAGACCAUGUGGCUCAUUGUUGCUCCAUCAAAGAUACUAGAUGCCCUGCUACAUUAAGUGGGACACACACAUGCCUAAUUUUCUAUGGAAGAUGUAGGACUAUAUAAUAUGCAACAUACGAGGAAAAUCUCC